AUGGCAGCAGUCGCCGUUCACGCCGCGCCGGUCCACCGGAACGGGGCUGAGCUCGAGGCCAUAUCCGACGCGGUCGACACGGUCAACAUCCUGAAGGACGGGCCCUCGUUCGACACGGAAUCGCACUUUGACGCAGACAAAGACAAGUCGGCGUUCCGGCAGUACGAGGACGCGUGCGACCGGGUCAAGAGCUUCUACGCCGAGCAGCACGCCAAGCAGACGGUGGCGCACAACGUGGCGGCGCGUGAGCGCUUCUACUCGCCGACGCGGCAGCGGGCCGAGAUGAGCAUCUGGGAGGCCAUGGAGAAGCUCAACACGCUGAUCGACGACAGCGACCCGGACACGGAGCUCAGCCAGAUCCACCACCUGCUGCAGAGCGCCGAGGCGAUCCGGCGCGACGGCAAGCCGCGGUGGAUGCAGCUGACGGGGCUGAUCCACGACCUGGGCAAGCUGAUGCUCUUCUUCGACGACUGCUGCGAGGGCCAGUGGGACGUGGUGGGCGACACCUUCCCCGUCGGCUGCCGCUUCGACGAGCGCUGCAUCUACCCGGACACCUUCGCCGCCAACCCGGACUCGCGCCACGACGUGUACAGCACGCGCUACGGCAUCUACGCGCCCGGCUGCGGCAUGGACAAGCUCAUGAUGAGCUGGGGCCACGACGAGUACCUGUACCACGUGGUCAAGGACCAGAGCAUGCUGCCGCGCGAGGCCCUCGCCAUGAUCCGCUUCCACUCCUUCUACCCGUGGCACAAGGAGGGUGCCUACCGCGAGUUCAUGGCCGACGGCGACGAGGUUCUGCUCAACGCGGUGAAGGCGUUCAACCCGUACGAUCUGUACAGCAAAUCGGACGAUGUGCCGAAUGUGGAGGAGCUAAAGCCAUAUUACCUGGAGCUUAUUGAUGAGUUCUUCCCGCAAAAGGUCAUCAAGUGGUAG